GAACAUGUCUGGGACACGUCAGGAAUAUGACAAACUGGGAGCUCUGGUUGACGCUCUGUGUGUCGAAGCUGUGGAGAAAAUCAUGCAGAUUGUUGAGGCGGCUGUUGAGCAGCAGGACGAGACUCCAGGAGGCCAGAGUGAUCGUCCUCAGUCUGAUGUGAUGAAGACAAAGAUACAUGAAGUUGAGGACGUUGGUGGUGAACAAACCUACAUCCUGGUUUACGGGUCAGUGAGUGAAUCCACACAACAUUCAGAGAAUCAGAGAAGAGAAAACAACCCUGAACUGUCAACUGUUUCCUGUUCUCAGAGCGCUGCUGUCGACUCCAAGUGUCUGCUGGUCUCCCUGCAGGGCAGCGCCGAUGCUGGUGGUGAAGAUAAAACCACUGAGGUCCCAGGUGAAGUGACGACUCUCACUCACUCCGCCCCCGCUGAUUUCCCCGACCACAAGUACGCUCAGCCGUCCUCUCCGCCGCCCGGCGCCCCUGCAGCAGAGGAGGGCUCAGUGCCUGCAGCUCACAGCAGGAAGCAGCGCCGCAGUCGUAGGAAUAAAGACACAAACACAGCGACUGCUCAGUCACAAGAGAUUCACUACGAGUGUUCACAGUGUGGGAUGUUGUUUCCAAACUCAGAGCGACUCUCCGACCACCACAGGAAGUCUCACCCUCUGUGUUCGGUGUGCAGGGAGCAGUUCACCGGCAUCCUGAAGCUACGUGAACACGAGAGCAAAGAGCAUGGGCUGCUGCCGUACACCUGCGACUACUGUCCGAAGAGAUUCAACCACAAAGCUCAUCGCAACCUGCACGUGAAGGCGCGUCACACGGGAGAAAAAAGUUGCCACUGCGACGUCUGCGGGAAGGGUUACUCCUGCGUCAGCGUGCUGAAGACGCACAGGAUGACGCACUUCGACAAGACCUUUAUCUGCGACGUCUGCGGGAAGAGCUUCUAUCACGCCUGCCACCUGACGCGUCACAAACUUGUGCACCAGGAUGUGCGGCCGUAUCAGUGCUCCACCUGCGGGAAAGGCUUCACCCAGGCCGCCAACCUGCGCAGCCACCAAGCGAUCCACAUUGGAGAGCGGCAGCUCUGCUCCAUCUGCGGGAAGAGCUACCGCUGCCUGAAGAACCACGUCAUCAGCAAACACUCGCAGGAGCUGACCGCUGACGAGCUGCUGGCCAGAGACGCCAUCAUCACCUGUGAGGUCUGCGGCAAGAAGUUCCCCAACCUGUCACAGUUCAAGGUUCAUCAGAGGAGCCACACAGGGGAGAAACCGUUCCAUUGCGACCUGUGUGGGAAGAGUUACCGUCUGAAGGAGCGGCUGAGGGACCACAGAUACACGCACAGCGGCGAAAAGCCCUACAGCUGCUCGCUCUGCGCCAAGACCUUCAACAUGGCUUCCAGCUUCUUGCGGCACCGCAGCAUCCACAGUGGAGAGACGCCGCACAGCUGCCACACCUGCGGCAAACACUUCCGCCUCCUCACCUUCCUCAAGGCUCAUCUGCAGACCAAGGCUCACCUGAGACGCACUCAGCAGAGGCCGGCUCCUCUGACCUCUGACCAGCAGGUUACAUGACCAAAAGUAUGUGGACACUCUGACCUGCUCCAUCACAUCAUGAAAACGGAGUUUUCAGCAGAUAAUUCUGUGUGUGUGUGUCUGUCUGUCUUCUCUUGGUCAGAUCAUCAGGUAUUAACAGUCAAAGUAAUCUGAUUACAUCAGGUUAAUAAAUUCAUUUCCUCAAACCUGAAAACAAA